AUGUCUCCUCGUGCAGAAGCCUCCCCCGGCAGCGGCGCUUAUGUUUUGGCUUCUCCGCAGAGUUCCCACGGCGCCUCCAUCCCGCGACAGGAGCAGACUUGUUGCUGUGAGUGCGAGGAGGAGUCACUGUACCAGCAACUGCUCCUGCUGCUGAGACCAGAGCAACACCAGAAACUGCUCCUGCUGCUGAGACCAGAGCAACACCAGCAACUGCUCCUGCUGCUGAGACCAGAGCAACACCAGCAACUGCUCCUGCUGCUGAGACCAGAGCAACACCAGCAACUGCUCCUGCUGCUGAGACCAGAGCAACACCAGCAACUGCUCCUGCUGCUGAGACCAGAGCAACACCAGCAACUGCUCCUGCUGCUGAGACCAGAGCAACACCAGCAACUGCUCCUGCUGCUGAGACCAGAGCAACACCAGCAACUGCUCCUGCUGCUGAGACCAGAGCAACACCAGCAACUGCUCCUGCUGCUGAGACCAGAGCAACACCAGCAACUGCUCCUGCUGCUGAGACCAGAGCAACACCAGCAACUGCUCCUGCUGCUGAGACCAGAGCAACACCAGCAACUGCUCCUGCUGCUGAGACCAGAGCAACACCAGAAACUGCUCCUGCUGCUGAGACCAGAGCAACACCAGUAA